AUGUUGGACGUAGAAGACGACGGCGUUCACGUCACGCGUGAAGGCUACUCCUAUCUGAGUGACUUUGAAUGGGAGAUAGUCGGCACCAUGAGUGAGCUCAUGGGUGAACCCGCCAUUAGCGACAUGCUGGAGUCUCUUAUUAUAGACCAACAACAUGCUGCUAUCGACAAGUUCCUACAAGGGAAAUUGCUGUCGAAAGACAGAAGAUAG